AUGGCGUAUGAGGGGAUGGUGGUGAACGGAAUCUCUCGUAACGCCUUGAGGUCUACUCUGGCACCGGCCUUCUUUGGAGGAAGUCUGGUUUUCAGAAGCAAAACGCAGGCUAGACAGAAUACCUCCGAGACGAACCCGACUAUGCGAAUGGCCCAAGGAAACCCGACAGAAUCAAGGAGAUUCGUGAUGAUGAUGGGGGAAAUAAUGCCUCCAAAGCCGCCUGCCGUGGUUGCCAAUCCGAGUGCUAGACCGCGACGGCAGAAAAAACCAGUGAGUGACGCAGGCGAUGCUGGGGGUGAUGAUCAUGGAGGCCGUUGCGCCUCCAAGCAGACUGAAGCCGAGCAUAACUUGGUAAUACUCUUCGCAAAGGCUGAACAUCAUGAGUACGAGUACGAGUCCUAUGCAUCCCGGGAUCAGGAUAUACUUGAGGCCAUGGGCAUCGAAGAUAGGUCCUGA